AUGAACCGUUUAUCCUACAGAAACGCAUUGAAAUGGAAGGAACUGUAAUUUCGCCUUCCUUGGAAGGAAUGAAGCACAUAAAGUCUGACCAAGGAGAAUUUCUAGCAGAGCCUUUCUUGAAUGUUUGCAAACUGGUAUUGCCUAUUCUAGACAAAUUUGGAGCAGCCAUAGCAUUUGUCAAGUCUGAUAUCGGCGGUAAUAUUUCGAGACUGGAAACCAAGUUUGCUUCCAAUCCAUCUAGAUUCAACUACUUGUACAAUUUUGUGCAAGCAGAAGUGGAAACAAGUUGUGCUAAAUCGUCAUCAAGCUGCACAAAUGGCCUUCUUUGGCUAAUAAGAGCAAUGGAUUUUGUGGUGGAGUUGUUCAAGAAUUUGGAUGAACAUGAAGAUUGGUCCUUGGAAAAAGCUUGUAACGAUUCAUAUGGAAAGACUUUAAAGAAAUGGCACGGUUGGCUUUCUAGUUCAAGUUUCACUGUUGCGAUAAAACUCGUUCCAGAUAGGAAGAAGUUCAUGGAAGUUCUAGGCGAUCCUGACAAUGUAAAUGCGGAUAUGAAGAAGUUCUACACAACGUUUUCGCCUUUGCUUCAAGAGAUACAUAAAUUUCUGGGUAGGAUGGGAUUGGACAGUAUGAAAGCUUUGUGA